UCGUCGUACUUAAGGACGACAAAAGACCAAGCAUUUUGGCCAAGCAGCCAAGCAGCCUUACACAAGCACCAAGCAUCCAGCACUCUAUUAUCGCUUAUCUUUACCAAUAUGCAUCUCUCCUCUGUUGUUGCGUUGACCGCAUCGUUCGCAGCGUCUGCUGUGGCGGCCCCAGCUGACGCUAUCGCUAAGCGAGCCAGCUGCACCUUCACAGGCGCUACCGGUGCUGCAGACGCCCACAAGGCGCAGACUACUUGCCCUACUAUCACCCUGAAUAAUGUCGCUGUUCCUGCUGGCACAACUCUGGAUCUCUCCGGGCUUGCAGACGGCACGACUGUUAUCUUCCAAGGCACUACCACUUGGGGCUACAAGGAGUGGGCUGGCCCACUUGUAUCCAUUGGUGGCAAGAAAAUCACUGUCAAGGGUGACACUGGCGCGAUUCUGAAUGCCGAUGGCGCACGUUGGUGGGACGGCCAGGGUGGUAAUGGUGGAAAGACGAAGCCCAAGUUUCUCGCACUGCACAGUCUGACAGGUGGCUCCACCGUCACCAACCUUUACAUCAAGAACACCCCGGUUCAGGCUGUAAGCAUUGCGAGCUGCGAUGGACUGACUAUCACCGGCAUGACUAUCGAUGAUGCCGCCGGUGAUACCGGUAGUCUUGGCCACAACACUGAUGGCUUUGACAUCGGCACGAGCUCCAACGUGAACAUAGACGGUGCGAAGGUGUAUAAUCAAGACGAUUGUGUUGCUGUAAAUUCCGGAACGGGAAUCACGUUCCAGAACGGCCUUUGCUCUGGCGGUCACGGUCUUUCCAUUGGAUCUGUUGGUGGACGGACAUCUAAUGUCGUCGAUACUGUCACCUUCUACAACAACGUGGUCCAGAACUCGGUCAACGGCAUCCGAGUCAAGGCCUCCGUUGGCGACACUGGCAGCAUCAACAAGGUGACCUACAACAAGAUCACUCUUAAGAACAUCUCUAAGUAUGGUGCUCUGAUCGAGCAGAACUACGACGGUGGUGACCUAAAGGGUACUGCUGGCACUGGCAUCCCCAUCACUGGUCUUGUCGUUGAGAACAUCACCGGUACUGGUGCUGUCUCUAGCUCAGGCUAUAACGUUGUUGUCACUUGCGGCAGCAGCAAGUCUUGCACUGGCUGGACCUGGUCGAACGUGUCCAUCACCGGUGGAAAGUCUUACGGCAGCUGCACCAACGUUCCCAGCGUUACCAAAUGCUAGACGAGGCAUACGACGGAAGCCAAACGAUACUUCUUUGGCGUUCCGCCAGAUUUCACUCCUUUUCACUCCUUACUAUGUAC